AGGAAGAUGAAACUUAAGAGGUUCCUGCUCCGAUAUUAUCCUCCAGGUAUCAUCCUGGAGUAUGAGAAAGGAGGACAGCUGAGAACCAAGUCCAUAGACCUUCUGGAUUUAACUCCAAAAACAAACCCUAAUGAAGUGCUUGCAGAGAUCAGACGAUCAGAGGUUCUGAUCACAGAGACCCGAGCUGAUCAGGUCAAACAGCUGAUCCUACGACUACAGGAGAAACAGGGCCAGCAGAACCAGCACAGGUUCUGUUUCUCUAAGGAGCUGAAAGCACACAUACUGCCACUGACAAAUGUUGCCUUUGACAAAUCGGGAUCCAGGUUCAUAACGGGCAGCUACGACAUUCAGUUCCUCCUGUGCUCCAUUUAACUCCUGCACUGAGGUCACACUGAGGUGAGAUUCACUGAUUCCAAUCUAACACUUUCACUUUUUCCUCUUAUCUGUGGCCACAGUAUUUGGCAUCAUCUUAAACUCAUUGAGAAGAACAGACACAGGCAAACUAAGGCCCGGGGGACAUAUGCAGCCAAUUCCACUUUUUAAUUCAGCCACCAAAUUAUAUAAUUUAUUUAUAUUAUCAUUAUACUUCUGCCUUUUCCCUGCAAUACCCACGUUUCCCCAAUAGAUGGUCCAGUGGUACCUCCUGCUGAGACCACGAGUCCAUUAUGGCAUCCUGACGAAGGUGAGGAAAAAUCCAUAACCACAGUCCUCAUUUCUGAUGAUCACAGGGUGCCUUUCACACAUGACUUAUUUAAGGUGUUCUGUCGAGGAAUGACAGAGCAGUCUUUAAAAACACAGACUACUCAGUACUCAGUACUGCAGAUGACGUCAUCUUAAUGAUAAAAUACAUCAUCGUGAGCAGAUCAGGUCAGAUUUACAGACUGAAUCUUGUUAAACAGAAACUCUUUAAGCCUUUCACUAUUUUCCUGAAAUGACAUAAAAAAAACUUCUGCUCAUUAAUAAAUAUUGGAUCGGAUUAUAUCCUGCGUGUGUCCAUAUGUAACCGGUAGGUACCUGCACAAUCAAAAGAAGCGCUUGUUUUAUUACCCAGUGCUGCGCGGUCUGGAUCCAUGAGCGAUUUUUGACGCAUGCGCAGUAACAGCCCUGGUCACUGUGGUAACUGUUUGUUGACAGGGCCACGAGAGUUAAGAAAGA